UCACACUGCCGCUGCUAUUUAGGCAGAGAAAGGAAGUAGCGACAGGCUAGCUGGUUAGCCGGUCUGAAACCAACACAAUCUGCCAGAAAAGACUGGACUUUUGAGCCUGUUUUAUCCCAGAGACUGCUCUUCCUUAUUUAAAAUAAGCUUUAUAAGUAAGCUACGCUUUUUUUGUCGGUUCGUUUUAUUUUUCUCUCCGCCCCGGUUUCAAACCUUAAAAACUGACUCAACUCUGAGCUUUGUCUGGUCUGGGACUCCAAGCGUUGUUAGCCUGCUUGAUAUAUAAGUCAGUCUUGGUUUCAGUCAAAGGAGAAGAAGAGCUCACAAACUGAAAAGCUGCGACUUGAUAAUCAUUUAUUUGUCCACCAGUCGGUCGAAUCGCGGGGAAUGCAGUUAAGGAUUACACGGAGACAAUGAGAAAAUCAGCCGGGAAAGGUGCUGCGUGGUGAGAGGGAAACAGUGGAUGCGGCAUGCUGAGGCCACUCCCCCUGGCUCAGGAUGAGUGUCAGAGAUGGCGCUGCCACCAUGGCAACGAACGCAGGUGGAGGAGGAGGGGGAGGUGGGCCAGCUAACCCUAACGAUCACGAUGGCCGCUCAUACCUGCUCCAGAUCUACCCACGGCUGGCUGCCCAUCCCUCCACCUGCUGCAACCUUAGAGUGCAGAAGGAUGCAACAGCAGCCUCUGUGAUCUCAGACGCUGCCACGGCGCUGGGGCUGGACCCUGGUCGUCUGUAUGUGCUGGCAGAGGUGAAGGAAAGUGGUGGAGAAGAGUGGGUGCUGGAAGCCGGAGACCUGCCGGUACAGAGGUUUCUGCUGUGGCCUCGGAAGGCCCAGGAGGAACACCCUCAGAGCCUCGGCUUUUACUUCCUACUACAGGAAAGGAACCAUGAUGGCUCUAUCCAUUAUGUUCACCUCCCACCUGUGUCCAAGGAGCAGGAGGCACAGCGACUAGCCGCCAGGGGCUUCCUUCCACCUCCACAGGACGACUUUGCAGACCUCUGCAACCUCCCCGUCCUCAAUGAGGACAGGAUAUUAAAUAACCUGCGCACACGCUUUUACAAGAAAAAGAUCUACACCUAUGCAGGCAGCAUCCUCAUUGCCAUCAACCCCUUCAAGUUCCUGCCCAUAUACAACCCUAAGUAUGUCAAGAUGUAUGAGAACCACCAGCUGGGCAAACUGGAGCCUCAUAUCUUUGCUAUCGCAGAUGUGGCUUACUAUGCCAUGCUCAGGAAGAGGGUCAACCAGUGCAUUGUCAUCUCUGGUGAAAGUGGCUCGGGUAAGACCCAGAGUACCAACUUCCUGAUCCACUGUCUAACUGCGCUCAGCCAGAAGGGUUAUGCCAGCGGAGUGGAGAGGACCAUACUGGGAGCAGGACCAGUCCUGGAGGCCUUUGGGAAUGCCAAGACAGCCCACAACAACAACUCUAGUCGCUUUGGUAAAUUCAUCCAGGUUAAUUACCUGGAGAGUGGAGUAGUCAGAGGGGCUGUGGUGGAGAAGUAUCUCCUGGAGAAGUCUCGUCUGGUGUCCAGAGAGAAGAAUGAGAGGAACUACCACGUGUUUUACUACCUGUUGUUGGGGGCUUCAGAGGAGGAGAGGAAGGAGUUUAAGUUGCUGCCGCCUGAAGAAUACUUCUACCUCAAGCAGCAAAACUUUAAGAUAGAAGACGAGGAAGACCUGCGUCAUGACUUCGAAAGGCUGCAGCAGGCAAUGGAGAUGGUUGGCUUCCUUCCCGCCACCAAGAAACAGAUCUUCUCUGUCCUCUCUGCCAUCUUGUACCUGGGCAACGUGACCUACAGGAGGAAGUCAACGGGCCGAGAUGAGGGCUUGGAUGUGGGACCGCCGGAGAUCCUGGCUACACUCUCUGACCUGCUAAAGGUGAAAGAGGAGCUGCUGGUCGAGGCGCUGACGAAGAGGAAAACGGUGACAGUCAAUGACAAGCUGAUCCUCCCUUACAGCCAGUCUGAGGCCAUCACAGCCAGAGACUCCAUGGCCAAAUCUCUGUACAGCGCCUUGUUUGACUGGAUUGUCCUGCGCAUCAAUCAUGCACUGCUUAACAAGAAAGACAUGGAGGAAUCUGUCCCGUGCUUGUCCAUUGGUGUCCUGGACAUUUUUGGCUUUGAGGACUUUGAGACAAACAGCUUUGAGCAGUUCUGCAUCAACUAUGCAAACGAGCAGCUGCAGUAUUACUUCAACCACCACAUCUUCAACCUGGAACAGGAGGAGUACCAAGCAGAGGGAAUCACCUGGCACAACAUCGACUACACAGACAAUGUGGGCUGUAUCCAUCUCAUCAGCAAGAAGCCCACUGGCCUGCUCUACCUGCUGGAUGAGGAGAGCAACUUUCCCCAUGCCACAGAUGAAACAUUAUUGGCCAAAUUCAAGCAGCAGCACCAAGGCAACAAGUACUUUGUCCCCACACCGGUCAUGGAGCCUGCCUUCGUCAUUCGCCACUUUGCUGGAAAAGUCAAAUAUCAAAUCAAGGAUUUCCGGGAGAAGAACACAGACCACAUGCGCCCUGACAUUGUAGCAUUGCUGCGCAGCAGUGACCGUGCAUAUGUGCGGCAGCUCAUCGGCAUGGACCCAGUGGCCAUGUUUCGGUGGGGCAUCCUGCGCGCCACCAUCCGAGGCAUCGCUGCUUUCAACGAGGCGGGCCGGUCCUGGGCUGCCAAAACUUCAGGUGUUGUCCGUCCAAUCUCCAGAACUCCUUUAGGAGAGCUUCAACGGUCCAAUGCCCCAAUAGAGAGAAUGUACAAACGAGCUUCUAUGCUCGAUUUCUACUUUGAUCACUCAGAGGAGCGCCCUCUAGAGGCCUUUGAAGACAUCUUUGCUAGCUAUGAGAGUAAGAAAGACAUGCAUGCAGAGAUCAUCAGCUCCAUUAAGAACUUGCAGCUGGAUGGUGAGGACCCUCGCAAGCUGCUGCAAUCCUGGGGUCGCCUCCGCUUCCCACGACACGUCCUCCAGAAAAACAAGACCACCAAACAGAAGCAGGUCAUCCCCAAGAGUUUGCUGGAUUCUCGGUCUCUGAAGUUCAUUGUGAGCCUGACGCUGCAUGAUCGCACUACCAAGUCCCUGCUGCACCUGCACAAGAAGAAGAAGCCCCCCAGCAUCAGUGCUCAGUUCCAGACCUCUCUGACCAAACUCUUGGAGACUCUGAACAGAGCAGAGCCUUUCUUCAUUCGCUGUAUCCGCUCCAACGCUGAGAAGAAGGAGAUGUAUCUGGAUGAGGCCUUGGUGGUUCAGCAGCUGCGAUACACAGGAAUGCUGGAAACUGUUCGUAUUAGGAGGUCAGGCUACGGAGCCAAGUACACAUUCCAGGAGUUUAUUGAGCAGUUCAGAGUUUUGCUGCCAAAGACCGCCACUGCCUGUAAAGAGGACAUCUCAGUGCUCCUUGACAAGAAGAUGGGCCUGGACCCCACCACAUAUCAGAUAGGCAAAACUAAGGUUUUCUUGAAGGAGCUCGAGCGGCAGCAGCUGCAGGACACGCUGCACAAGGACGUAAUUCGUAAAAUCAUCUUCCUUCAGCGUUGGUUCAGAGCUUGUCUACAGAGGAAAGAGUUUAUGGACAUGAGACAGGCAGCCAUCUUGAUCCAGCGUUCAUGGCGUAGGUACUGCAAAGAGGAGCGAAGGCAGCAUGCAGCUACUUUGAUUCAGGCUGUGUGGAGAGGGCACAGACAGAGAUUAGAGUACCACCGCCAAAGACAGGGCGCUACCAAAAUACAGGCCCUGGUCAGAGGCCACUCAGCACGCAGGAGGUGUCAAUCCAUGCGUGAGGAUAAACGGAGGAUGGAGGAAGAGGAAAAAGAAGCUCAGAGGAGGGCAGAAGAAGAGGAAAGAAGGAGGAGAGAAGAGGAAGAAGAGGCGAGGAGAAAAGCUGAGGAGGAAGAAGAGGCGAGGAGGAGGAUGGAAGAAGAAGCAAGGAGAAAAGAAGAAGAGGAGGAGGAAGCGAGGAGGAGAGCAGAGGAAGAAGAGGCAGCUAGAGAAGAGCAUGAAGCAAAGAAAAAGAGAGAGGAGGAAAGACUGGCAAGAGAGCCUCAAACAAGAGAAGAUCCAGAUAUAGAGCUGGUCACAGAGGAGAUGCUGGAUGACAACCUCCCUGUCCAAGAGACAGAGGAGGAGAGAGGAGAGGAGGACGAAGAGGUUAAAUCAAGCUCGCACACAGAGGAGGAGGAGCAGGAGAAGGACGAAGAGCUGGAGGAUGAGGAUGAGGAAUUAAAUUUGGAGACCAACGGUACCGCGGCUGAGGCUGGACCCCAGCCGGAUGAGAAAGAGGAGGAAGAGGAUUUGGACACCAGAGGUCUGCCCUCUGAUGGGGUCACCUCCAACGCACUUACACCCACAUCUCCAGGCAAGGCUUCAGAUAAACAGGCUCCCAGCACUACCUCCACACCUUCCAAAGCUGAACAAAACAGAGUACGACCUCCAGCUAACCGGGGCCAGUCAUCCAGGAGCCAGGAGAAGAGAGAGCAGAGGAGACGAAGAGGGCUGGAACACAACCAGAGAGAGACUGAUCGAGCCGCUUCCUCCUCUUCCUUCUCCUCAGCCAUUGGCAAGGACCAAACGUCCCCGCCGAAGAGCAAAAGCCAGGAGUCCCCUAAGCUAAAAGAGCGGUCAGACAGCAAGGAGCUCGACCAGUACACCUUUGUGGCCUGGAAGAUGAAGGAAGACAAGGGAGGGAAGAAGGAGGCAAAAACUUCUCCUCCUCCUCCCGCCUCCGGUCCCGUUCGACCGUCCACGCUGUCCCUGCAGCCCGCCGAUCCUGCACCUGAGAGAAACGGCCUAGGGGAGGGUGGGGGAGCGGUAAACCUGCAACGCCGCCCCGGGGCGAUCAAGGAGAAGCCGGAGAAGUGGAGGGGCAGGAGGAGUAACGGAGAAUACUCUGAGAGAAACAGCCCUCCUCCACCUCACAACAGAGAGGAAAGGAGGAAAAAACAACCACUGAGUGAAACAGCCUCAUCAUCAAUUGACAGUUUGUCUCCAGGUUCAGAAGGAGCUGGUGCUGUGUCGGCCAGAGAGUUCAUUUCUCCCUCAGACAGCCAUGGUGAUGGCUCAAAGGGGAGCUCCUUUAGACGGAGACAGCAAGAGGGUUCUGGUCACCCAGAUUCAGCACACUCCAUGCCAUCCACACCUGACAGGCCUGGUGGGUUCUUCAGCAAGAUUUUGAAAAAACGACCCCACAAAGAGGCCCAGACUCCAGACAACGGAGAGCUGACACUCGCUCAGAUUCUCAAUGAGAGGCCAACAGGAGGGGAAGCCCCAACCUCUGGACAUCCAUCUCGGCCUCUUUCGCAGCCUCACAGCGACCGUAAAGGUGUAGGCCGCAACCCCUCCAUAAAGAUCAGUCGUGCCACGCGGGUCUCGGAGCAGUGGAACGCCUCACUGGACCGGGAGAUUACCAAUGCCAAUGAGCUGCGGCACCUCGACGAGUUCCUGGGCAACCAGGUCAAUGACUUCCGCUCCAGGGGGAAGUCGCUCUCAGCUACAGAGGCCAUCUUUGUAACAGCCACUAUGCAGUUCAGAGAGAAUAUAAAAGCCAUGUAUUCCCUCACGAAACCUACCAUUGGCUACAAAGCUCUGAUGACAAGCUACCAGAACAAAGUGAUCCACCUGGCGAGCGACAAGCAGAAAGGAGAAGUCCAACUUGUGGUGAACUUGUUCCAGUCGGUGCUGGACGGCUUCAUCAGGGGGGAGAUGAAGAAGGAGGAAGCUGAACCUGCAAAGCCCGCUAAAGCCCGGAAGAAGAGGAGGAAAAAAGACAAAAGUAUGGAGAGCCCGCUGGAUCAUGGGUUCGUCAACUAUCAGGUCAACAUCAUGCAGUCGUGUGACCAGUGUAGUUCUUACAUCUGGGGCAUGGAGAAGGCCUACAUGUGCAGCUAUUGUAAAAUGGUGUGCCAUAAGAAGUGCAUCUGCAAAAUAACCGCUGACUGCUCCACCUUCUGUGCCAAAAAGAGUGACGAAGACUCCGGUGGUCAGCAUUUCGGGGUGCGCGUGUGUCACCUGGUCAGUGAUAAGAACCCAGUACCCAUGGUGCUGGAGAUGAUGCUGGAGCACGUGGAGAUGCAUGGCCUCUACACAGAGGGCAUCUACCGCAAGUCUGGCUCUGCCAACAGAAUAAAAGAGCUGCACCAGCGACUGGAGACCGAUCCACACCAGGUCUGCCUUGAAGACUACCCCAUCCACACAGUGACGGGCCUGGUCAAACAGUGGUUGAGGGAGCUGCCAGACCCACUCAUGACCUUCACACAUUACAAUGACUUCCUACAUGCAGUUGAACUACCAGAGAAGCAGGAGCAGCUUCAUGCCAUAUACAAAACGCUGGAGGAGCUUCCUACAGCAAACUUCAACACUUUGGAGAGACUCGUCUUUCACCUUGUCAGAGUGUGUAAGGACGAGGCUCACAACCGCAUGUCUCCUAACUCAUUAGCCAUAGUUUUUGCCCCAUGUAUCCUGCGCUGUCCAGACAGCGCUGACCCGCUGCUCAGCAUGAAGGAUGUUGCCAAGACGACCACGUGUUUAGAGAUGCUCAUCAACGAGCAGAUCAGACGCUACAAUGAGAAGAUGGAGGAGAUCGAGCAGCUGGAGUACGCCGAGGCUCUGGCUGUUAACCAGCUCAAACUCAAGAGACAAAACACGCACUACUGGCAUUUACCUCUCAGGUUCUCAGCUCCUUACAAAGGAGUGGUGGUGCAUGAGAAGGUCAGCUCUGACCUCAGUGUGGUCCCUGAGAACGAGCCUCUGGACUCGGACACGGAGGCUGAGAAAAACCUGGUGGAGCGCAUCAAGUCCAUCAAACAGGAGAAAGAGGAUCUGGCCUGCCGGCUGCCGGAGAUGGAGCAGCCCGGCUCGGACCAGGAGAACUUGGACUCCGAAGCCUCGCUGAGCUCCGAGAGUCUUUUGGACGAGCAGCAGCGCUCCUCUGCUCAUAGCUCAGAGCCAGAAGGACGAGGUGGCUUCCAGCUGAAAAGGUUCAGGCCAGUUUGUCCACCCAAACCACCCGACCUGGCCCAGCGACCUAAAAUCCUCAUUGGACGCGUCUCUCUGUCAAACCUCACCCCCGCCAGCUCCACCUCCUCCGUGUCCAGCUGCGCUUCUUCAACCUCUGAAUCCUCCAGCGCCUCUUUACGGCAUCUGCUGCAACGCCGCAACCCUGUCAUCCCGGACACGGUUAAACUCCCCCCGGGCGUGCUUUCCCAGUCCGCGGCCUCCAGUCUGGCUCAGACUUACACCCCUCCCAUGAAUCGAGCUUUCAAAAACGUGGUCAGGAGAAGAGAGCAGCCGGGCCGCCGCAAAGACAGCACCCAGUCCCUGUACAUCGACAGCCCCGAGUGCGACCUGUUGUUGCAUUUCUCCUCCUGCCCUCCCUCCGCCUCCUCCUCCUCCUCCUCCAUCUCCUUGGUGACUCGCUCCCCUCAGGAACAGCACCACGACGCACGAGCUCCGAAGGGCCAGAGACGUUUUUCUGACCCUGACAUACCUUAUGCGGAAGAAGACGUCUGACACGGGACAGAACAGAAAAGAUGUGUGAGUGAAGAGGUGAGGAAGAUUAAGGGCAACAACCUCUAUUAACAAAAGGAAAUAAAUGUUAACGGGAUGCAGAGUUGCCACAGAUGACAGUGAUGGCAUUGUAGAAAGUCAGGAGAGGAUUCAAAUCAAGAGUGACACAGAGAAAGAGAAAUUACUGGAACAUGAGAUGUACAGCUGCCACAGUGGCUCUACAGAGCUGAACCGAUGUCAGACACAGGAGGCUGUUCCAGUUGCUGUUGUCAGAGGGAAACUAAUCAAGGAACUUCUGAUGUGUUUAAAGUCUUGUUGAUAAGUAUGACAGUAAAAAUAACUGGACAAGGAUGUUGCCAAGCACCUUUUCUAUCAUUUUGAUAUAUUAGGCUUACUCUUAGCGAAUUCAGCUCGGACACAGGCUGAAUUCUCUGUAGCCUCAUAAUGAUGGAACUUUGUUUUAUGCUUAUUCUGUUUUUCGUUUUAAACACAUUUGUGUUAAUUCAAGGAAAUAAUAAAGGUUCCAGUCGCACUUUUCAUUUCUUAGUUCUCCUAAUCAGCAAAACACACUCUAUGAAAUGUUAGCUAGUGCCUUGAUAAUGUACAGUAAUUUGAACAAGGAACUCAUUUCUCAUGUCAUGAUUAUUGAACUGUCUUGCUGAGGGUAGGAGGGUUAUGUGGGAUAAAGAGAGGGUACCUUUGCCUCGGAGUUUUGUGUUUUUUGACAGAUCGCAAGACGGACAUGUUUGAAACAAGGACCUAAACAAGCACAACAGUCAGCAAUGGUCUGUCCGCCUCCCCCUUCCACCUUCUUACCUGCAGCAAACACCAGAUAGGAAGUCGUUGGCUGUCAUGCAGCGAAGGGAAAUGGGAGCAGCACACGCCACUUUUCUCACGCCACUUUUUUCUUUUUUUUUUUUUUUUUUUUUUUGGAAACAACAAAAACACAACACCGGCCGCCAGCAUGCAACAGCCACGCCGCGACGUCUUUAAAGCUCAAAGUCCUUGAACUCACCUUGCCCUAUUCUAAAAUGAACUUGGCUUCACUCAGCUGUGGACAGUCCCCGUAACCAACAGGUUCUGCUGAAGCACAUUUCAACUUUGUGUGAAAUGUAAUACUAAUGUUCUCUCUGACUGCUGUUCUGAAUGAUGUCUGUUAGUCUGUCUGGAUUAUGAGGAUGUGUAACAGAGAGUGUAUGGAUGGGACUGAAUGAUGUGAACUGUAAUGGUUAUUAGUAUUAACAUGACAAUACAGAACGUGAUGCUUGUAA